UGUCGUUCGUAUCCCUACUAUUCCUCCUUCGCCUCGGCCCCUCCUUCAAACGACGCAGUCCUAAUUCAGCAACAUCCUGCAUAUUUUGGCAUCGCGGAAGAGAACCAAUCUAUUGUAACUCCCUGGCAGUACAAGUAUAGCACUACCCUAGCAUACCUCCACGCCAUACCGUGCACUACACUUGAUUCCAUCGUAUCGGAAAUCGAAACAAAACGACGGGGACGAAACCGAAAACACAACAAAAAAAAGGAUUUACAAACACAGAAACAGACCGCAAUGAACACUAAAAACAACAGCCACAACAUGGUGCUUCUGCCCCUGCUGCUGAUGGCCGGAUCCAAGCUGCACCAGGCGGACGCCUUUCAGCCACCCGCCCGGAUAGCAGCUGCCGCGGCACUUUCCGGCAGGCCCGCUGYCACCACCAGCCAGCUCGGAGCGGCGAUCCCUCCCCUCCACGACGCCGCCUCGUCGCUGGACCCGCAGGAAUUGUCCACYCACGCCCACGCGCUCCACGGAUUCCUGCAGCACCACACCUCUACCUUUUUGUCGGACGCGGCUGCGGCAACCCUCGAUCCCUCCGGAAGCAAUCCCCUGGAGGCCAUCGAAGCCGUCAUCGAAARCACGGAGACCGCCCUCGAGUCCUUUGAGGGGACCGAGGCGGCCAUUGUCGCCGACGAGGGAUGGUGGAAGGCCUACCUCAACAUUUUCAAGACGACAAUCGAGUUUGUGCACUCCGUGAUCGACGAACCCAUCCACUCCCUUGGCUGGGAGGGUGGAACCUGGGGAUUUUCCAUUGCCCUGUUCACGGCCGGUAAGUGUUGGUGUUUGUGGCUGGUGUCGUUGUUGUGUCGGGGGACGAUUGCCGACCGACCCGCGGGCAUGCUGUUUCUUAUGAGUGUUACGGCUCCACGAAGGACGUGCGAUCUAUC